AUGGAUCAUAAUUUACGAGAUUUGCUGAAGCAGGAACGGUUUUUACGCAAGAAGUUCGACACGGUACGAAAUUUCCUACAUAACUUCGACGCAGAUCAACAUAAUUGCCAAUUGGACGUUCGACUACAGCGGCUCGAGGAAACUUUUAAGGAGUUCCAGAUCGUACGUCAAAGGAUCGAGUUACUCGCAGAAGAAGAAAGUGAGCAAACACCACCCGAGCCUAAGGAGACGGAAAAAGAAUGGGCAGAACGCGUAACCGGUUUGAACUUAGCCAGAGAAGAAGAAAAUUGGAAGGUACUGUCCGAGAUGGAAGAAAUUUUCUGCACUUUGAAGGGUGAAAUUAUGUCCCUGAAGCAACAUGAGCGUCGGUCAGAACCAACUGUAAGAUCAUCAACCACAGAAUUUGGUGAGACAUCGGUAGGACUAUCUCGUAUGAAACUCCCAGACAUCCGCCUACCAACUUUCAGUGGGCAACUGAAAGAAUGGAUGAUAUUCCGUGACAAUUUUCAGAACCUGAUUCAUCGAAAUAACCAGUUGAUGCCCAUGGACAAGUUUACGUAUUUGCAAUCCUCACUGAUAGGAGAGGCGUUAAAGGCAAUUGACUCUGUGGAGUUAUCAGCAGUUAAUUAUGAGGUGGCGUGGACGUUGUUACAAAACCGUUAUGAGAAUCGUAAAUUGAUUGUAAAAGCUUAUCUAGAUGCCUUGUUCGCUGUGGAGAGUAUGAAGAAAGAAAGUUACGAUUCACUGAAUCGGCUAAUCAGCGAUUUCGAGAUGAAUCUCAUGAUGUUGGACAAAGUGGGGGAACCAACAGCUAACUGGAGCACAUUGUUGGUUCAUAUGAUGUGUACGCGACUAGAUGGGACAACUCUCCGACAUUGGGAGUCUCACCAUAACUCCAAAGACGUGCCUAGCUAUGAGAAACUAAUCCAGUUUCUUCGAAACCAUUGUUCGGUUUUACAAUCGGUUGCUGGUAACAAGCCAGUACCGAUGGAAGAUAAGCGAUCCAAGAUAUGUAUCAGUCAUACGACCACUCACACUUUUAAUAAAUGUUUUUUCUGUGGAGAAGCGUUUCAUUCUGCCUUCCGUUGUAUGAAGUUUUUAAAAAUGAAGACUUCCGAACGAGUGGAAAUAUCCCGUCGACACGCGCUGUGUCUCAACUGUCUGUCACCUGGUCAUCAAGCUCGUGUCUGUAACAAGGGAUCCUGUCACCACUGUCGACAGAAGCACCACUCGCUGUUGCACACAAACUCAUACCCGGUCAAUUCCUCUGUCGCGCAAUCAAGAAGUCAAACCACCAAUCAACAGCAGUUACAAACACCUCGAUCGAACCUCAACCAACCGAUACACACUCAGACGACACAAACACGCACAAACUCACUCCCAGUUAUACACUCCAACAUCAGCCAAUCACCUACCACCACAAAUCAGUCAUGCACGUGUAGAAAUACUGUCGCGCUUCCUGUCAGUACUAAAACCCAUUCUAAAGAAGUUCUUCUGUCAACCGCCAUCGUUCGAGUAGUAGACCGUUUCGGAAAUACUCAACUAGCUAGAGCUCUGCUAGAUUCGUGCUCACAGUUUUGUUUUAUGACCGUACAAUUCUGUCAGAAGUUGAGUUUCAUACAGAAGCCGAAGUAUCUAACGGUUCAAGGUAUUGGAGGAUCCAAGGCAGUGUCACGAAAAAUAGCUGUUGCAACCAUAGCGUCACGAUCCGAUCAGAUUUCGACGUACAAUUCUGAGAUGAAGUUCUUCGUGCUUCCGGAGCUUACUGUUUCACUACCAACCUCGAAGAUUAAUGUCAGCCAUUGGAGGUUUCCUGAAGAUAUUGUGUUGGCUGAUCCUACAUUUUUUGAACCCGGUCGUGUGGAUAUUAUCAUUGGAGCUGAACACUACUACGAUCUUCUCGAGGAGGGUCGUAUGAGACUUGCCGACGACAGUCCAGUAUUACAAAACUCUGUCUUCGGCUGGAUAGUUUCCGGGUCGGUUCCCGUUGAAGAAAGGAUUCAGCAGUCAACCGUAGCCUACACGUGUACACUUGCAGAUGUACACAAUCAAUUAACGAAGUUUUGGGAGGUGGAGACCUGUCGUUCCAAUAGCAUACAAUCAGUAGAAGAAACAGUAUGUGAAAACCUUUUUGACCAAACAACUACUCGGGAUAAAUCCGGUAGAUUCGUAGUGAGCUUACCGAAAAAGGAAUUCGUCAUCAAGCAAUUAGGAGAGUCACGUAAUACAGCGAUGAAACGGUUAACUGGAAUGGAGAGACGUUUCCAGUCAAACCCUGGAUUGCAAUCCGCGUACCGAGAAUUUAUGAGUGACUAUGAAAGGCGCGGACAUAUGCGACAAGUUAACGAACCCAACGAUGAAGCUCCUGUCUACUACCUCCCUCACCACGCGGUUCUGAAACCCGAUAGCACAACGACCAAGCUUCGUGUUGUGUUUGACGCUUCAUGCAAAACGACAACUGGGGUUUCAUUGAACGACGCACUGAUGGUUGGACCGGUCGUACAAGACGAUCUAUUGUCUAUUGUAAUUCGUUUCCGUUUCCAUAAAAUAGCAAUAGUUGCGGACAUAGAAAAAAUGUAUCGUAUGAUACAGAUGCAAUGCACUGAUCAACGUCUGCAACGCAUACUUUGGAGAGAUUCCUCCGACGCACCUAUUCUUACAUAUGAAUUAUCCACCGUCACGUAUGGCACUGCGGCAGCUCCCUAUUUAGCCACCAAGUGUCUGAAACGAUUAGCACAAACCGGAAGAUCUACAUAUCCCCAUGCAGCGGAAGUUUUAGAGAAAGAUUUUUACAUGGAUGAUCAGUUGACAGGAACCGAAAACCUUGAAGAAGGAAAACAGUUGAUUCGCGAAAUGCAAGAGCUGAUGGCGUCUGGUGGAUUCAUUCUACGAAAGUGGAACUCGAAUUGUCGAACGUUACUUGAGGAUCUACCCGCAGACUUGGUAGAUGACCGUGCCACGUUUGAGCUGGAUUCUUCCAACUCUCCCGUUAAAACCUUAGGUCUAUUAUGGGAACCUAGGUCAGAUAAAUUCCUGUUCACAUCUCCCAAAUGGAACAGCGAAACCGUCUUUACCAAACGUAUAGUUCUCGCUGACGCUGCGCGCCUGUUUGACCCGUUAGGACUAGUGGGUCCUGUGGUAGUCUUAGCGAAAAUAUUUCUACAAGAGAUCUGGAAACGGAAAUGUGAUUGGGAUGAUCCGCUUCCAGACGAUAUGCAAUCGUUCUGGAUGGAUUAUCGACGAAACCUGCGAGCACUCUCAUCAUUAUCAGUACCCCGAUGGGUGCAAUUUUCGAAAAACUUGGAGUUCGUCGAGAUACACGGAUUCUGCGAUGCAUCCGAUAAGGCUUAUGGAGCCUGUAUUUACCUUCGUUGCACGUCUAGUGAUGGUUCCGUGGAAGUAAAUCUUAUUACCGCAAAGUCCAAGGUCGCUCCCUUGGAAGACCUCAAACGAAAGAAAAGGAAGCAGACCAUUCCCCGUUUAGAGUUAUCCUCAGCACUUCUCCUGAGUCACCUAUACGAAAAAGUCAUCUCCAGCACAAACCUACAGCAAACCGCAACGUUUUGGACAGAUUCGACCAUCGUAUUAUGUUGGUUGUCUUCUUUACCAUCACGAUGGCAAAUGUUCAUAGCAAAUCGUGUGUCCGAGAUCCAGCACAUCACGAAAGGUAGUCACUGGAAACACAUUGCAGGUGUAGAGAACCCAGCAGACAUAAUUUCCCGAGGAAUGUCUCCCAUCCAACUUCAGGAUCAGCGUUUGUGGUUCAAGGGGCCUCUCUGGCUGUGCCAGGAGAAGAGUUUAUGGCCAUCCAACAAACCAAGAGAAACAAUUGAUUCCUCACUUCUGGAAGAGAAAUCAAUCAUAGCGUUACCCACGAUAAUAGAGCAGCCUAACGAAAUAUUCUCGUUGCGUUCAUCGUUAUUUGAACUGACUCGUGUAGUUGCAUUAAUAAAUCGAUUCAGACAUAAUUGUCAGCCUAACGGAAACCAACCCAAACUCACAGGAUUCCUCACACACGCUGAGCACGAACAUGCUAUGAUUAUACUGAUUCGGCUCUCCCAGAGCGAGUCGUUUGCAGCUGAGAUUUCCGCUUUGCGAAAGGGUCAUCAAAUAUCAGCCAGUUCAUCGAUUGCUACGUUGAACCCAAUACUUAUCGAUGAUGUUCUUCGUGUUGGCGGCCGGUUGAUGAACGCGGCGAUUUCCUCAGAUAGAAAACAUCCCAUUAUUCUCAGUCAUCGACAACCACUCACUAAGUUGAUAAUGGUACAAUACCACCGAAAACUUUUUCACGCAGGGCUGCAGCUAUUGGUUUCCACCGUACGUGAAAAAUACUGGCCUACCCGUAUUAGACGACUAGCAAACACAGUACUUCACGAGUGCGUAUCCUGUUUCCGCACCAGACCGAAGGUUCUGGAUCAAUUAAUGGCGGAUCUACCAUCUGAACGUGUGUCUCCGGCUCCUCCAUUCUUGAAGGUUGGGGUCGACUAUUGUGGACCGUUCCCUGUUGUUUAUCCUGGACGUCGCGCUGUUCCAAGGAAAUCCUUCAUCGCUAUUUUUGUUUGCCUGGUGACGAAGGCGGUGCAUUUGGAGCUCGCAGGAGAUUUGACCAGUGAAGCCUUCCUUGCAGCCUUCAAGCGAUUUAUAGCCCGUAGAGGAAAACCUGCUGUAGUAAUGUGUGAAAACGCCCUCAAUUUCGUGGGGGCCAGACGAGAGUUGGACGUACUACGUCAGCUUUUUUUGAAUCAACAGUUCCAGGAAUCAGCGGUUCGUGAAGCAGCUCAAGAUGGCAUAGACUUCCGGUUUAUUCCUCCUCGAUCACCUAACUUCGGAGGACUUUGGGAAGCAGCGGUGAAGUCUUUCAAAACGCAUUUCAAAAGAUCCAUCGGUGUUCGAGUUUUACAGCAUGAUGAAAUGCAGACAGUUGUGGUUCAGAUAGAAUCCGUGCUAAAUUCCCGUCCGUUGACUCCAAUUAGUAAUGAUCCCAACGAUUAUGAAGCGCUAACCCCGGGACAUUUCCUUGUCCAGAGACCUCUGUCAGCUAUACCGGAACCGUGUCUCCAAGAAAUACCAGAGAACAGACUCUCUGUGUGA